AGGAAGGAUGUGAGCUGGCCAAUGGAUAUUGUCUCAUUCUUACCAUGAAUGAAUCAGGGGAAUAAUCUUGCCUAUAGCUGCGGGCAGGUCUCCAGGGACUAUUCCUGUGAACAGGGUCUGAUCUCUUGGGUGAGCUGAUGGAGCAGCCAGAAACCUGCCAGGCUGAGGCCCACCCCAGGGCCCUGUAGUGAUGGCCACGAGGCCCACACCCUGACAGCCCCAUCCACGUUGUGCUUAUGCAGAACUUCAGGGAAUGCACAGAAAGAGCCAAGAAUCUGGGCUCGAGAAGAAAGAUCGUCUGCAUCUCAACAGGCAGAGGCUGUCUUAAGCCCUAAAAUGUGACUCCUCACAUGAUCCGGUUGUGACUACAGCGUCCUGGUGGGGCUCAUAGCUGCCAGAGCAGCCAGAGACAGGGGCAGCAUCAGGCCCGGUGUCCCAGCCAGAGAAGCUGGGCAGGGGACCAAUGUGCCUGUGCUGGUGGAGGAUGAAAGAGGGGGAAAGGAGCCCCCUGCUGUCCCAGGACGCUGGGGGCCAGGAGCCACCCCUCUCUGGGAGCAGCCCACUCACUUCGAGCCACCUGGGUCCAGCACUCCAGGAGGGCCAGGCCUGGAGGACAGGCCUUGGGGGAGGCCUGGUCCCCUUCCUCCCCUCGGGAAGAAGUUGCCUCAAGUGCCUGACCUUCCUAUCCAACUUCCUCUUCUCUCUGCUCAGCCUGCUGGCCCUGGCCAUGGGGCUCUGGGGCCUGGCCAUCAGGGGCUCUCUGGGGAAUAGUUGGGGGGGCCCCCUGCCUGCAGACCCCAUGCUGGGGUUGGUGCUGGGGGGGCUGGCGGUGAGUGUGGUGAGCCUGGCGGGCUGCCUGGGUGCCCUCUGCGAGAAUGCCUGCCUGCUGCGCUGCUUCUCGGGAGGCCUUCUCACUUUCCUGGUGCUGGAGGCCGUGUGGGGGGCCCUGGUGGUAGCCCUCUGGGGCCCACUGCAGGAUGGCCUGGAGCAUGCCCUGCGUGUGGCCAUCACCCACUACCAGGAUGACCCAGACCUGCGCUUCCUCAUGGACCAAGUCCAGCUCAGGCUGCAGUGCUGCGGGGCCGCCUCCUACCAGGACUGGCAGAGGAACCUGUUCUUUAACUGCAGUUCCCCCGGGGUCCAGGCCUGCAGCCUUCCUGCCUCCUGCUGCAUCAACCCCUGGGAAGAUGGAGCCUCUGUCAAUGACCAGUGUGGCUUCGGGGUCCUGGGCCUGGAUGAGGAUGCAGCUCAGAGAGUGGUGCACCUGGAGGGCUGCGGCCCCCCACUCCGACAGUGGCUGCGCGGAAAUAUCCCGGUCGUGGGUAGUUGCUUGAUCACAGUCGUGGUGGUCCAGGGGGCAGAGCUCCUGCUGGCCACCCAGCUGCUGAGGGUCCUGGCUGGCCGCAAGGGGGCGGCGGAGAGCCCCGGAGGGGAGAGGGAAGGUAGGCCUAGCCACUGGAGUCCCAGAACUGAUGUCUGGCCCUCUGCCAAGCUGGCUGGGGAUGACUGGCACCGGGGACAAAAGAUGGGGGCAGUGGGAUAGAGUCUGGGACCCUCCCAGGGAAGGCGUCAGAGUGACCUGCGUGGGUGCUUGUGGACGUGCACCUCGGACACCCGAGCCGCCUCCACCUGCUGGGCCUCUGCUCCCCAGGGUCCCCUCUCCCCAAGGGCUGAGCCUGCCUGCCUCCUUCUCAGUUCUGUUGUUUCCCCAAGGCUCGGCUGGAAUGAGUCCCCGGCGGCCACCUGAUUUCGCUCUGUUUUGGAGGCUUUGCCCCCAGAUCCACUGACUCACACUGCCUGAUCGCUUGCAAAAGCCACUGUGGUCUAAGUGUAGACCGACCCCCAAGAGGUGCUGCCGGGCCAGCGUCUGCCUCCCACAGAGGAUGCAGGCAAAGCCACCUGGCUGGGAGGGAGAAUGGGGUGGGACAGGGACUGGAUGAAAUCUUGCGGCCAAGCCCCCAACUCUGAGCCCUGCCUGUGAGGUCCCACGUCCAAGGCCCAUCUCCCACC